AAAUAUUUUAAUAUUAAAAUUUAAAUAUUUAAAAAUUAUACAAAAAAAUAUUUAAAAUUGUAAUUAUUUUCAUAUAAAUAUGAUGAAAAUAUAUAUCUAAAAUAUUAAUUAAAAUUUAUUUUAUCUGAUUGUAAAAAAGGAAACGGUGACAAGUAAAAGCAACUGAGAAAGUAAUUGUCAGUCAAUUUUGGAAAAGAAAUAAAAUCCAAUAGGAAGUUGCAAUUAAUAUUGGACUAUAUUAUUUCUUUCCCAAUUGGGGACGACUUUUUGCAGAUUUUUCCACCGACCUCCCAAGAAAAUUCAAUCCUCUUCCUAUACAAAUUAGGAAAUAGUAAUUGUAUCUUAAUUAGGCAACUUCUAUUGCCAAAAAACCACAAACUUGCCAAACAAAAAAAAAACUAUAUAUACACAUUCUCCUUCUCAGGACUCUCUUACUUUCUCCUGUUUUCCUUUUUCUCUUCCCUUUUUCUUGGGUGCAAACAGCGAUUUCACUCAAUGGCAGAGGAAGAUCAAAGCAAGAAGAAACCAAAGAACCCGAAAACUUAUCAAGUGAGGAAAGAAUGCAUAAAGAGAAAAGCAAUGGAACUUUCAACUUUGUGUGAUAUCAAAGUUUGUACUAUUAUUACGAGUCCUCAGGGGGAACUUCAGACUUGGCCUGAGAAUUUGGAUGCUGUUAAAGAAGUUCUUGAUCUCUACACUCAAAAUCUGAAACCCGAAAAAAAGAGGAAGGCUUCAUCAUCAGAAGAAAAAGAUGAAGAAGAAGACAAACGAGAGAAAGACAUUCUGACGUUGGUGGAAUCGAAACUUGAUGCUGUGAACAAGAGGAUUCGUUUCUUGGAGAACAAGAAUGUUGUUGAUAAGGGGAAAAAACAGAGAAUUGAGUGAUUUGUGGAUAUGGGGUUUAUGUUGGGGUCUAGUUUCUUGAUAAUAGAGUUUCGAUCAUAGGGAUUACAAUUGGGAUUUUAUUGUUUUUUCAAAUCUUUUUUGGUUCUUUAGGAUUUAUGGAAGUUGAAAGUCUGUCUAAUGUUGCUUUAUUAGCCGUGGCUGUGGAGCAAAGUUCAUCAAUAUGAAUAUAUCCAUAUGUUUUGUUCUCA